CCGCAAGAGCCAGUCCAGUCCAGCACGGAGCUUCGCCUUCUUGGCCGACCCUGCUGCGCCGUGCGCUGUUCUUCUUUUUGGAAGGGGACUGCACCACAUUUCUGUCAACUAAAACUGCUUUUAAUGGCAUGUGGCUUGUAACUUUACUUCUGCUGUAUUCUUUGCAAGAAGUCAACAGUGAGGAUGUUGUCUCUACGCGACUGUACUUUGUGAACGCAUCCCUGCAGCGGGUGACCUUCUCCAGCUCGGUGGGGGUGUCCCUGCCCUGCCCCGCGGGCGGCGCCCCCCAUGCCGUCCUGCGCUGGUACCUGGCUGCCGGAGACGACAUUUACGACGUACCCCACAUCCGCCACGUGCACGCCAACGGCACUCUCCAGCUCUACCCCUUCUCCCCGUCUGCCUACAACAGCAUCAUUCAUGACAACGAGUACUUCUGCACCGCCGAAAACCAGGCGGGAAAAAUCCGAAGCCCCAGCAUUCACAUCAAAUCAGUGUUCAGGGAGCCAUAUACAGUCCGUGUGGCUGACCAGCGCUCCAUGCGGGGUAAUGUCGCUGUCUUCAAGUGCCUCAUCCCCUCUGCUGUCCAGGAGUACGUCAGCGUGGUGUCCUGGGAGAAAGACACCGUGUCCAUUGUCCCAGGGAACCGUUUUUUCCUGACCUCAUUUGGCGCUCUGUAUAUCUCAGAAGUGCAGAAGGAAGACGCUCUGUCCACCUACCGCUGUAUCACAAAGCACAAGUACAGCGGAGAGACUCGGCAAAGCAAUGGAGCAAGGCUUUCUGUUAUGGACCCUACGGAGUCCACCCCGUCUGUGCUGGACAGUUUCCAGUCCGGUGAGGUGAAGGUAGGGCACAACGUGGAGCUGCCGUGCAUCGCAUCAGGCUACCCGAACCCCGCCAUCAGGUGGUUAAAGGACGGGCGGCCACUGCCGAUAGAAUCCCGUUGGACGCGCCACAUCACAGGCCUCACGAUUUCCGACUUGAGGUUGGAGGACAGCGGCAACUACAUCUGUGAGGUCACCAACAGUUUCGGCUCCAAAGAGGUGACGGGUCACCUCAACGUCAUAGAGCCCCUGCGGGUCACCUUGUCCCCCAAGAACCUCAAGACAGGGAUCAGCAGCACGGUCAUCCUGUCCUGUGCCGUCCAGGGUUCUCCCCACUAUAUUGUGUCUUGGUACCGUAACACAGAGCCCGUCCUGCCUGACCAACACUUCUCCAUCCAGGGCGCUCACAACGAGACCUUGUUUAUUUCUGCUGCCCAAAAAAGACACUCAGGAGCCUACCAGUGCUUUGCCACGCGUAAGGGUCAAACUGCCCAGGACUUCUCAAUCAUUCUGCUGGAAGACGGCACACCACGUAUUGUGGCUUCCUUCAGCGAGAAGGUGGUGGUUCCGGGCGAGCCCUUUUCCCUGAUGUGUACCGCCAAAGGAGCCCCUCCCCCAACCAUCACCUGGACCCUGGACGACGAGCCGGUGGCCCGCGACCUGUCCCGCGUGCGAGCCAGCCAGUACACGCACUCGGACGGCAGCACAGUGAGCUACGUCAACGUCAGCAACCCCCAGAUUCGCGACGGAGGAUUGUAUCGGUGCGCCGCACGAAACUCGGCCGGUAGCGCCGAGUACCAAGCGCGCAUAAACGUAAGAGGUAAUCCGAGGAUUCGGCCGAUGAAAAACAUCACAGCGGUGGCAGGACGGAGCUCUUUUGUAAAUUGCCGGGUGAUCGGCUACCCGUAUUAUUCCAUCAACUGGUACAAGGAAGGACUUCUGCUGCCUGACAAUCAUCGUCAGGUGGUGUUCGAAAACGGCACCCUGAAGCUCACCGACGUCCAGAAGGGGAUGGACGAGGGGGCGUACAUCUGCAGCGUGCUCAUACAACCUCAGCUCUUCAUCAAGCAGACUGUUUAUGUCACCGUCAAAGUUCCUCCGCUGAUCCAACCGUUCGACUUCCCGCCGACCUCCAUCGGUAAGCUGAUGUACAUCGCCUGCGUGGUGGCGUCCGGCGACAUGCCCAUACGCAUCACGUGGCGCAAGGACGGCCAGGAGAUCGUGCCUUCGUCGGGCAUCACCAUAGACACCAAGGAGUUCAUGAGCUCCCUGCAAAUCUCCAAGGUGUCGCUCAAGCACAACGGCAACUACACCUGCAUCGCCAGCAACGACGCCGCCACUGUGAGCACUGAGAGGCAGCUCACAGUCACAGUGCCUCCUCGUUUUGUGGUGCAGCCCAACAACCAGGAUGGAAUCUACGGGAGGUCGGGGAUUUUAAACUGCUCAGUUGAUGGGUACCCUCCUCCUAAGGUCAUGUGGAAGCAUGCCAAAAGUGCACUAGCUGGUAUUGGGAGUCCACAGCAGUACCACCCCGUGCCUCUGACGGGCCGCAUACAGAUCAUGAAUAAUGGCUCGCUGCUCAUCCGACAUGUCCUGGAGGAGGACCGGGGCUUUUACCUGUGCCAGGCAUCCAACGGGGUGGGCUCCGACAUCAGCAAGAGCAUGGUGCUCACUGUUAAGAUCCCAGCCAUGAUCACAAGCCACCCCAACACCACCAUGGCCAAGAAGGGUCACGUUAAGGAGCUGAACUGCACCGCCAGGGGAGAAUGGCCCAUCAUCAUUCGCUGGGAGAGAGGCGACACGGUCAUCGACCCUGACCGCAAUCCCCGCUACUCUAUUACCACCAGCCCCAACGAGAAGACGGACGAGGUGUUGUCCACGCUCAAGCUGAAGCCAGCAGAGCGCGAGGAUUCUGUCUUUUUCUCCUGUCAUGCCAUCAACUCGUAUGGUGAAGGGCGAGGGCUCAUUCAGCUCACGGUGCAAGAGCCUCCGGACCCUCCAGAACUGGAAGUGCGAGAAGUGAAAGAUCGCAGUAUGAACUUACGGUGGACUCAGAGGUUUGAUGGGAACAGCGUCAUCACCUCAUAUGACAUCGAGUAUAAGAACAAGACCGAUUCCUGGGAGCUGAAGCAUGCCACUCGUAACAUCUCCCCCACCAACAAUCAGGCCAACAUAGUGGACCUCCACCCCGCCUCCGUCUACAGCAUCCGCAUGUACUCCUACAACUCCAUCGGCAAGAGUGAGGCCAGUAAAGAGCUAACCAUCAGCACUGAGGAAGCUCAACCUGACGGUCCUCCUAUAGACGUAAUCCUGCAGCCGGUGACCUCUCAGAGUAUCCGAGUCACUUGGAAGGCUCCCAGGAAGGAUCUUCAAAAUGGAGUAAUCCGGGGUUACCAGAUCGGUUACAGAGAGAACGGCCCAGGCAGCAAUGGCCAGUACAGCAUUGUGGAGAUGAAGGCGACUGGCGACAGCGAAGUGUACACACUAGACAACCUUAAGAAGUUUGCCCAGUACGGCGUGGUGGUCCAGGCCUUCAACAGAGCCGGGACCGGGCCUUCCAGCUCUGAGAUCAACGCCACCACACUAGAAGAUGUUCCCAGCCAGCCUCCUCAAAAUGUCCGCGCCAUCUCCGUCACGUCGGACGAGGCCGUCAUCUCCUGGGCCGAGCCCCCCAGGAUGACCCUGCACGGCAUUCUGAAGGGUUACCGUGUCGUCUUUUGGCCGAUCUUCCCGGACGGAGAGUGGGGUGAGAUGCAGAACAUCACCACCACCAAGGAGCAGGUGGAGCUAAGAGGCUUGGAGAAGUUCACCAACUACAGCAUCCAGGUUCUGGCCUACACUCAGGCUGGCGAUGGCGUGCGCAGCAAAGUCCUGUACCUCCAAACCCGAGAAGACUACCCUGGCCCCCCAGCUGGCAUCAAGGCUGUGCCCUCCUCUGCCAGCAGUGUGGUGGUGUCCUGGUUACCCCCUCAUAAACCGAAUGGUAUCAUCCGCAAGUACACCAUCUACUGCUCCAGCCCUGGAUCGGGCCAACCGAUGCCCAGCGAAUACGAAGCCAACCCACAACUCGUCUUCUACCGCAUCAGCCACCUUAACCACAGGCAGCAGUACCUGAUCUGGGCCGCAGCCGUCACCACUGCCGGACGGGGGAAUUUUAGUGAUAAGGUCACCGUGGAGCCUGCUGCCAAGGCCCCAGCUAAGAUCCUGUCCUUCGGGAGGACGGUGACCACUCCGUGGAUGAAAGAGGUUCGACUGCCCUGCAACUCUGUAGGAGAGCCGACACCGAGUAUUAAGUGGACUAAAGACAGUGAGAACACCGCCAUCCCAGUGUCUCUGGAUGGACAGCGCCUCAUCAUGACUAAUGGCACGCUGGUGCUGCGCUCUGUCAAAGCAGAAGAUUCUGGGUACUACACCUGCACGGCCACCAACACGCUGGGCUUUGACACCAUCAUCGUCAAUCUUUUAGUGCAAGUUCCCCCAGACCAGCCUCGUCUCACUGUGUCCACCACGUCCACCUCCUCCAUCACGCUAGCCUGGAUACCAGGAGACAAUGGCGGAAGCUCCAUCAGAGGUUUUGUGCUGCAGUACUCUGUGGACAACACAGAGGAGUGGAAAGAUGUGUUCAUCAGUUCCACCGAGCGCUCCUUCAAACUGGACAACCUGCGCUGCGGCACCUGGUACAAAGUCAAGCUGGCGGCCAAGAACAGCGUGGGGGCGGGACGCAUCAGCGAGAUCAUCGAAGCAAAGACCCACGGCCGAGAGCCCCAGUUCAACAAGGACCAGCCUGUCUUCACCCACAUCAACUCAAGCCACGCCCGCCUCAAUCUGCAGGGCUGGGCCAGCGGCGGCUGUCCAAUCAGCGCCGUGACUCUGGAGUUUCGCCCGAAAGGAACGUGGGCAUGGCAGAACGUGCGCACCAACGCCACCACUGACGUGUUCCUGGCCGAGCUGCGUGAGGCCACCUGGUAUGAGCUGAAGAUGAAAGCCUGCAACAGCGCCGGUUGUGGCAACCAGAGCUCCCAGUUUGCCACUCUGGAUUAUGACGGCAGCACCAUUCCUCCAAUCAAGUCUCCCCUGGAAAAAAACGACGACGUGAAGAAGCUGUUUUCUAUCGGCUGCCCUGUGAUCCUGGUCACUCUUGGCGUGGCUCUCCUCUUCAUCAUACGCAAGAAACGCAAAGAAAAGAGGCUGAAGAGACUCCGAGAUGCCAAAAGCCUGGCGGAGAUGCUGAUCAGCAAGAACAACCGAAGCUUUGAUACCCCGGUGAAGGGGCCGCCUCAAGGCCCGCGCUUACACAUCGACAUCCCGAGAGUGCAGCUGCUGAUCGAAGACAAAGAGGGCAUCAAGCAGAUCGGUGAGGACAAGGCCACCAUACCUGUGACAGACACGGAGUUCAAUCAGACCGGGAACCCCCAAAGCUUCUGCGCAGGUGUGUCCGUUCACCACCCUGCUCUCAUCCAGAACACUGGUCCUUUGAUUGACAUGUCAGACAUCAGACCAGGAACCAACCCCGUUUCCAGGAAGAGCAUCAAAUCCGCCCACAGUAUAAGGAACCGCUACUCCAGUCAGUGGACUCUGACCAAGUGUCAGGCCUCCACACCGGCCCGCGUUCUCGCCUCAGACUGGCGCACUGUCAGCUCGCAGCAUGGCAUCACCGUCACCGAAAGUGACAGCUACAGCGCCAGCCUCUCGCAGGACACAGAUAAGGGUCGUAACAGCAUGGUGUCGACAGAAAGCGCCUCAUCCACCUAUGAGGAGCUGGCCAGGGCGUACGAGCACGCCAAGCUGGAGGAGCACUUGCAACACGCCAAAUUCGAGAUCACCGAGUGCUUCAUUUCUGACAGCUCGUCCGACCAGAUGACCACGGGCACCAAUGACAACGGCGACAGCAUGACGUCCAUGAGUACGCCCUCAGAGCCUGGAAUUUGCAGAUUCACGGCCUCGCCGCCUAAACCCCAGGACUACGACCGAGGCAAGAAUGUUGCUGUGCCCAUCCCGCAUCGCGCCAAGAGUGACUACUGCAACAUCCCCCUCUACAUGAAGUCUGAUCCAUUCUUCCGAAAGCAGUCGGAGCAUCACGACCCGUGUCCAGUGGUCCCGCCCCGUGAAGCUUCCAUCCGUGGCCUGGCCCAGCGGGCCUACCACACCCAGGGCCGUCACAUGACUAUGGACUCUGCCAAGCAGCAGGCCGUCGCCAUGGGCCACUCCGGCCUGUCCAACCUCACGUCUUCUGGGGCUUCUACAGGAGGGGCUUCAGGAGGGAGUGCAGGAGGCAUGUCCACCAGCUCCAGCUGCUCCACGCUCCCCCAGAGGACUCUUACAAUGCCGGGCUCCUCAGCCGCGGGGGCUCAGAGUGCGGCCGCGGCCACAGCGGGCGGAGCAUCGUCAUCCUCCAGCGGGGCAGCAGGGGCCACAGGAGGCACCCCUGGCGGCGCCUCCUCCAAGGUGGGAGGAUCCAGAGACUCUCUCUUGGAGAGCAGCUCGUCAGGCUUAGGCAGACUACAGAAGCAGAGGGAUGGAGGGGCGGGGGCCUAUUCCAAGUCCUACACACUGGUGUAGCCCGGGCAUCAUGGUGGCCUACCUCUGGAACUUCUAUUAAAAAGAUUAGCCAGCGCUUGUCGGGAGCCUCUAUUGACGAGCCUCCAUUGACAAGCGGGCUGAUGGAGACACCAACGCCCAGCUCAUCCAUCGGUGCCUGCACUGUGCCAGGCUGCAGGGGGCUGCUCGGGCUCCCAUCGACACUGCAGUAAGGAGGAGUUUGGGUCUCCACAGCACAUGGUGGUGGCCUUUAUUUCUGCCUGAUCACCUUUCUGUUACUACUGCGUUUCCCCAUCUCUUUAUCUAUCCGCUACACGCUUUCAUCUUCUGGUUGGGCCAACAUAUGCACAAAACCCUUUCGAGCGUGGUUUGUUUUCUGGUUGCUCCAAUGUCACAGCAGGGCGGCGACGUUUUCCGGAUGGGGAAACGGCGGCAUUGCGCCAUGACGGGAUGGUAAAGGUAAAGAUUCGACAAGCAUCACAUUUACACUUGCACAAUUCAACAUGCACAAAAAGGAUCGGGAAGAAUCAGAUCUUAAUUUAUUCCUACGCCUUCUCCGUGUCCUGUAUUUUCAUGUUCGGAGGGAGGGAACAGAAUCCGAUGCAUUAAGCACCGUGGAGAAAUCUCUUUAACAUGCAAUGUAUUGAAGAUCUGAGUGUCAUGUGCACUUUGGUUCCGGGAGGGGGGGGUCCUCAAGCCUACGUGUGUGUGGGUGUACAGUAUAUGUGUAAAUAUACAGUAUAUGUGUGGAGGGCACACAAUGUUUUUAUUUAAGGGUGCGUUCACACUUGUCGUGUUUGCUUGGAUUAAAAUCAACGCUGGUGUGUUUGCUCUGCUUGUGCGAUUCGUAGUACAUCCAUCGUUUAUUUUAGAAGCUUUUCAUGAAAUCUAAGCCGGUAAAUAACGCAAAAUCGAAAAAUAAGCUACCUAGGUCACAAAAGCUAUCCAAUCAUGUAGUUACUUGUGUUUUUACUGCACCGUGACAAAAAUGCCAGCUAAGCAAACUGUACCGAAGUGUGCACUAAGUAUUAUUUUUGGACCAGAGUACCGAACCACAAGUGUGAACACAACCUUAUAGUCAGUACGGUGGUACCUCAGUUUUUGUAAGUAAUCCGCUCAAAAGGGUCAAAUCAAAGCAAUGUUUUUUGAAAAACAAAAACUAUAAAUCCAAAUCUGUUCCAGGCACUUCACUUAACAAUAUAUAUUUUAUAGGAAAUAAUUAUAGUUUUAUAUGCAAGAAACAACGUGAAAUACAUAUUAAAUUAAAGUACCAGUGAUUGUCACACACACACUAGGUGUGGCGAAAUUAUUCUCUGCAUUGGACCCAUCACCCUUGAUCACCCCCUGGGAGGUGAGGGGAGCAGUGGGCAGCAGCGGUGGCUGCGCCCAGGAAUUUAUUUUUGGUGACUUAACCCCCAAUUCCAACCCUUGAUGCUGAGUGCCAAGCAGGGAGGUAAUGGGCCCCAUUUUUAUAGUCUUUGGUAUGACUCGGCCGGGGUUUGAACUCACAACCUACCGAUCUCAGGGGCGGACACUCUAAUAAAUGAUGAAUGAAAUGGACAUAUGAAAAUUAUUGAAGACUAAAAAGCGGAGAGCCAGGAAGGAAAGGGAAGAGCCACACUGAGGACGUCUUUGUACAUUGCUACAAACUAUUUCUUGAAUUCAGAAUCAGCUUUAUUGACCAAGUAUGUUUAACACACAAGGAAUUUGAUUUGGCUCUCGUGUUCAAUGUAAAACAAAUAUAAUAUAAAUGAUGAACUAAAACAAUGAACAAGUACUUAAACAAAUGUGUGCUAGGCUAUUAAUAGUGCAGUGGUGAAUAGAGCAAAGCAAAAAGAUGAUGAGGUGAGCAUGAUGCCAGGUACAAAUACUGAUGACAUAUAUUAAACAAGACAAGAAGCAAGGAAUUACUCAGAGACAGAAUUCAAUUUAGCUCAAUUGAGGAGAAACGCAUAGACACUGUAAGCUUGCACAGUGUCGUCCCACGCUUUGACGAAAGAUUGUACGCCUCCUCUUUUAUUUGGACUUUCCCUGAUUACAUGGCAACAGCUGUUUCUAAAGGAAGGGGGUCGUAAACAGCCGCUGCCUUUGGUCACAAAACUGUUCAAAGAAAAGGUGCCUGGAGGGGAGUCAGGCACCCUCUCAGCUUUGUAGAUCUCGGGUCAAGACAAAAUCUUCCCGUGGAUUACAAUAGAAGAAAGAAACCGACUCCUUCAUGUCGCUUCCCAUCCUACACAGUGGAGUUUUACAAGCUCUUACAAGAGCUUUUGGCCUCUCGCAGGGCGAGCUGAACUCAAUGUAACACAACGUUUUGUGAUAACUUAGAUACAAUUAUUCUGACACGUGAGUUAGUACAUUCAUAGUGACAGA